UCUCCCAUCAUCCAGUUAAAUCCUCUGAUAAAACUCUCUCUCUCUCUCUCUCUCUCUCCUCUGCUGCACUUCUGCCGCAACUGAUUACCAGAUCGACCGUUGUUUCCUUACAUUCCACUCCACCUUUUCCUGCUGAUCUCACCUCCGAUUCCCACAGCUCACUCCGCCGCCAAAUCAUCAGUAAAGUUUCGUCUCUUUUUCGAUCGAUUCUCCUUCUCUCUCUCUCUCUCUCUCUCUCUCUCUCUCUCUCUCUCUCUCUCUCUCCUAAAAAAGACCUAAACCACAGGUACAUUUCCUCACCGUUCUUUAUCACUGCACUUGGCGCGGUGAUCGCGAAGCAUUUUAUUAGUUUCCGGGGUACAGUACAGUUAAUUGUUGCAGUGCCGUUGUUUUGACUGUAGGAGCGAAGAUCGUGACGAAUUUGGGAUUUUUUUUUGUGAGGUUUAAGUUGUGAUUGUGAGGUGUGUGAAUGAAUUGAUGGAUGGAGGAAGUGUUUUUGGUUGUGGUGAUGGGGGUUUUGGGAGGUUAAUUGAGGUUUUUUCGUGUGCGGAGGGAUAAGAUGACCUCGGAUGCUAACAGGACGGGCGGCCAAGGCGAGAGGGACAUUGAGCAGGACGCUAAUCUAGGUUUGUGCUGAGUAUGAAAGAGAGAUGCAUAUGGCUUCUUUAGCAACAUAUCUCUGCCACAGGCUAUUAAUGCUCUUAAGAAAGGUGCCUAUUUGCUCAAGUACGGAAGAAGAGGAAAACCAAAGUUUUGUCCAUUCCGCCUUGCUAAUGUUUGUUCUAUUGUCAAGUAGCAUCUCCCUCAAUUUCGCACUAUUGAAACUGGAGAUUUCUGUUCAGGAAGUCUAGUAUUAGUAACUGGUGGUGUUACUGCUUACAGGAUGAAUCUGUAUUAAUCUGGUUCUCAGGGAAAGAGGAGAAGCAUCUCAAAUUAAGUCAAGUGUCCAGAAUUGUUUCAGGGCAGCGCACUCCAAUCUUUCAAAGGUAUCCACGUCCUGAGAAGGAGUACCAGUCCUUUUCUCUAAUAUACAGUGACAGGUCACUGGAUUUGAUUUGUAAAGAUAAAGAUGAAGCUGAGGUGUGGUUUAGUGGUCUAAAGUCAUUAAUUUCACGUGGUCAUCAACGGAAGUGGAGAACAGAAUCAAGGAGUGAUGGAAUUCCAUCAGAAGCUAACAGUCCUCGAACAUACACACAAAGGAGUUCUCCUCUGAAUUCUCCAUUUGGCAGUGGUGAUAGCUUGCAAAAGGAUGGUGAUCGGAGCCUUCCUAGUCCAUAUGGAAGCCCUCCAAAAAAUGGUUUGGACAAGGCAUUUUCAGAUGUGAUAUUGUAUGCGGUGCCUCCUAAGAGUUUCUUCCCCUCCGACUCAGCUAGUGCUUCUAUGCAAUCUGUGUCAUCUGGUGGCUCAGAUAGUGUACAUGGACACAUGAGGGGGACGGGGAUGGAUGCUUUUAGGGUAAGCUUAUCAAGUGCUGUUAGCUCAUCAAGCCAAGGUUCCGGUCAUGACGACGGUGAUGCUUUGGGGGAUGUUUUCAUUUGGGGGGAAGGAAUUGGGGAUGGCAUUCUCGGUGGUGGACUUCACCGAAUAGGGAGUUCUUUUAAUGUCAAAAUGGAUUCUUUGUUGCCUAAAUCACUAGAAUCUGCAGUAUUUCUUGAUGUUCAAAAUAUUGCUUGUGGUGGGCGGCAUGCUGCCCUAGUAACCAAACAAGGAGAGAUUUUCUCGUGGGGGGAGGAAUCAGGUGGCAGGCUUGGGCAUGGUGUAGAUUCGGAUGUUUUGCAUCCAAAGCUUAUCGAUGCUCUCACCCAUACAAACAUUGAACUUGUAGCAUGUGGUGAGUAUCAUACAUGUGCCGUCACACUAGCCGGUGAUCUUUACACAUGGGGCGAUGGCCAUUUUGGUAUUCUUGGGCAUGGAAAUGAAGUGAGUCACUGGGUCCCAAAAAGGGUGAAUGGACCUUUGGAGGGUAUUCAUGUUUCAUCCAUUUCUUGUGGGCCUUGGCAUACUGCUGUAGUGACCUCUUCUGGGCAAUUGUUUACUUUUGGUGAUGGAACAUUUGGAGUUCUGGGUCACGGAGAUAAGAAAAGUGUUUCAAAACCAAGGGAAGUGGAGUCCCUUAGGGGGCUCCGCACUGUACGAGCAGCUUGUGGCGUUUGGCAUACUGCUGCAGUGGUAGAAGUCAUGGUUGGGAAUUCAAGUUCCAGCAAUUGCUCUUCAGGGAAACUGUUCACAUGGGGAGAUGGGGAUAAAGGUAGACUUGGGCAUGGUGACAAGGAAGCAAAGCUAGUUCCUACUUGUGUUGCUGCUCUUGUCGAGCCCAAUUUUUGCCAAGUUGCAUGUGGGCAUAGCCUUACGGCUGCACUUACAACUUCCGGCCAUGUGUACACAAUGGGUAGUCCUGUUUAUGGCCAGCUUGGAAAUCCUCAAGCUGAUGGGAAGCUCCCCUCUCGUGUUGAAGGGAAACUCUCAAAGAGUUUUGUGGAGGAGAUAGCUUGUGGUGCCU